AUGUCGAUGAAUUUAGAGCACAACAGUGCCCUCGCGAGCACGGGAGACACAGCCGGCAAAACAUACGUGUUACGUUACUUACCUAACUUCAUCGUGGGAUUCAAUUCGGCGUCGGUGUUACUGAAUUCCAGCGCCGCCGUCUUGGGCGCUUUUCAUUACGACGAAGCUUCCAACGCAACGCGGCCGUUUGUCGUGAUAAUGCAUCUUCCAUUCGACGUUAAUAAACAUUCCGUGUAUUUAACCAUCGUACUAUUGCAAUUUUCUUACCUGUUGAUCCUUUCCGCUGGAGCCGCCACUGUUAAUUCGGUUCUUAUCAUUUUGGUGCUACAUUUAGGCGGUCAGAUCGAUGUCAUUUGUAAAUUCUUGACGGAGUUGCCGCAAGGAAAGAACGACCAGAUGGCAAAUGUCACGGUGCUGAAGGAAAUAAUCAAGAAACACCAGAGGGCCAUUACCUUUUCAGAAAAUAUUGAAUCACUGUACACAUAUAUCGCGCUGGUGUUGGGUUUGAUUAAUACCUUAGUCACCUGCGGCUUGGGUUUCAUCCUCGUCAUAUCCGUUGGAUCGCCUAAUUUCACUAAGAUGAUAAUAAAGAACCUCACGUUCUACUGCGUGCUUAAUAUUGAGACAUUGGUACUUUGCUUCGCCGGGGAAUACCUCACCGCCAAGAGCAAAGAAAUCGGCGACGCUGCGUACAAUUCACCUUGGUAUCAAUCCAAAUUUCACGGUCGGAUCGUUUUGUUUAUAAUAAUGAGAUCGCAGAAACAGUUGACGAUCACAAUGGGGAAGUUCAUGGAUCUUUCUUUGGAACAAUUCGCCAAUAUUGUAAAAGCUUCAGCGUCCUACAUGUCGGUCCUGCUGGCGGUGUAUUGA